CACUGUAUAUUUUGGAAAUGCAAAUAGCCGUUUUUAUUUCUCACUCUCUUUCUUCUUCUUCUUCCUGCAUUUGAUUGUGUGCUCUGAACCUUUUCAUUUCACAACUUUCACACUGCGCGCAAAUUUUCACAUUCUACAAACGAGCAUGGUUGUCUUUGGAUUCUCUCUGUUAAACCCUGUUCUGCUAUCGCUUCUCCACAUUGCUCUGCUUUCAAGUCUCUGUUUUGCCGGCGACCCAACAGUUUUUGCCGACCUUCGCGUCUCAUACACCACCGUUUCUCCUCUGGGUAUUCCUCAAAGGGUCAUAGCUAUCAAUGGGGAUUUUCCAGGACCAGUCAUCAAUGUUACAACCAAUAACCAUGUGUCUGUGAAUGUGCACAAUGAAUUGGAUGAAGAGCUUCUCAUUACAUGGCCUGGAAUUCAAAUGCGGCGUGACGCGUGGCAAGAUGGAGUUCUUGGCACUAAUUGUCCAAUUCCUCCCAAAUGGAACUGGACAUAUAAGUUCCAAGUCAAGGAUCAAAUUGGGAGUUUCUUUUACUUCCCUUCUCUUAAAUUCCAAAGAGCCUCUGGUGGCUUCGGUCCCUUUGUUAUCAAUAACAGGGAGAUUAUCCCAAUUCCUUUUGCACAGCCAGAUGGAGAUAUUUUCCUUAUGAUUGGUGACUGGUAUACCCAGAACCACACGGCUCUAAGAACAACACUUGAUGCUGGAGAAGACCUUGGAAUGCCAGAUGGAGUUCUUAUCAAUGGGAAGGGACCUUACCAAUACAACACUACUCUUGUCCCUGGUGGCAUUGAGUAUUCAACAUUUUCUGUUGAUCCAGGCAAAACUUAUCGAAUUCGGGUUCAAAAUGUGGGGAUUUCAACUACUUUGAACUUUCGAAUUCAAAAUCAUAAUCUAUUGCUGGUAGAAACAGAAGGGUUUUACACAACUCAGAUGAAUUACACCUCUUUUGAUAUUCAUGCUGGCCAGUCUUAUUCUUUUCUGCUCUCCACUGACCAGAAUGCAAGUACAGACUACUAUAUUGUUGCAAGUGCUAGGUUUGUGAAUGAAUCGUUGUGGCAAAAGGUUACAGGUGUUGCCAUUUUACACUACUCAAAUUCCAAGGGACCAGCAACUGGUCCUCUUCCUCCCCCACCAGAUGAUUUUUAUGACAAGGGUGCAUCAUUGAAUCAAGCUAGAAGCGUCAGGCAAAACACAUCUGCAAGUGGAGCUCGUCCUAAUCCUCAAGGAUCCUUUCGGUAUGGCUCCAUCAAUAUAACUGACACUUAUAUGUUAAAGGUUACACCGCCAGUGACCAUCAAUGGCACUAUUCGAGCUACUAUUAAUGGGAUCUCAUUUCGGAAGCCUGAUGUUCCGUUCCGGCUUGCUGACAAGCAUCAAUUAAGAGGAGUUUAUAAGGUUGAUUUCCCCAGUAAGCCAAUGAACAGAACUCCAGUAAUUGACAGAUCACUUAUUAAUGCUACAUAUGGGGGAUUCAUUGAGAUUGUAUUGCAAAACAAUGACACCACAGUUCAAAACUUUCAUAUGGAUGGCUACUCCUUUUUUGUAGUUGGGAUGGACUACGGUGAUUGGUCGGAAAAUUCAAGAGGUUCUUAUAAUAACUGGGAUGCUAUUGCUCGCUGCACAACUCAGGUUUUUCCUGGAGGAUGGACUGCGAUUCUUGUGUCUCUGGAUAAUGCUGGAUCAUGGAACCUGAGAGCAGAAAACCUGGACAGGUGGUACCUUGGCCAAGAAACAUAUCUGAGAAUUGUCAAUCCUGAGGAAAACGGAGCCACAGAGAUGGCGCAACCACAAAAUGUUCUCUAUUGCGGCCCCCUCGGUUACUUGCAGAAGAAGCAACCCCAUUCAUCUGCAGCUUCUACAUUUGGAUAUUUCUCAAACCUUUUCACAUUGAUCCUGGGACUUCUCAUUGUGGUUUUCACAUCUAGCUAAAGCUUCUGUUCCAAACAGUGUAUAGACCUGUUACAAAGUGUGAUUACUGAUUUUCUUGGUCUAAAGAUACAACACAUGAUUUUGUUUGUCUAGUUAUGUCAUGCUUUGUACACAUUUUUCUCUUAGUUUAGCUAUUAACUCACCGAAAGGUCUUCAUUCUUAAUCCAUGUUUAGUUUAUAGAA